CUCGUCCGUCGGCUGAAGAACGCUGUAUGUUUGAGACGUGAAAUUCAAGCAGACAUUCGAAGGAAGGAUUUCACGUUCCCACACGACACCUUUGAUUCCCAAAUAUUCUUCUCUCUCAGGGUCUGUGUCCCCCGACGACGACGGCCACGACGAAAUCUUAAAUCUUAAUAAACGUCGAUCGUUCUCGUCGUUUUUCGACACUACUUGAACCUCAUCUCGUUUUUAUCUCACUGUCUGUGAGAUUCGCUUACAAAAGUAAUCCGGCAGUCUCGCCGUCGCAUCGCCGCGACGACGCGAUCUUUAUGACUUUACGAUCCCUGACCUGGUCUCUUUUUGGCAGACGCGACGAGACAGACGCUCGAGCGCACGCGACGCCGACGUUCACCUGCGUUUAUCUCGUUGCAGCGUGUUCAAUCGACCGUGUGAUAACUCCAUUACGUAAUCAAUGUUUACGAUAACGGCCGCGCACACCGGCCGGUCGCCGGUAGUCCGUCGACGGCUCGUUAAUUGCAGCAACAAUUAACGACGGUGAUAUAAGAAGGUGGCUAUAACUGAAAGUGCAAAAUCAGUUCCCGUCGAUGCCAAGUAACGUUCGCUUUAUCGUCGCGUACUUCGCGUUAGUCUCAUCGGAGCGAGCGAAUUCGAGGAGGAGCGAUGAAGGAGACGCCACACGUUUCACGGCAGCUCUGCAAAAAAUUGGUCAUAUCGUCCGCGACCGAUUCCUCCUCCGCGAAGAGACACGAGCUGAAGGUUUCUUCUUUUUCUUCUGCUUUGGGAAAAUCGCCUCCAACGCGUCCUCGUUAAGGGGACUUGGAAAAUGAGCGAUCAGCGACUUGGAAAAUGAGGAAACCACGAGACAACAAAAGUCGAGGCACGUGAUAAGUGCAAAAAAGGCGCGAGGCGGUGCACGCUACUAAGUGCAGAAAGAGAAUGGAUACACCAACGAAGCUUUCCAGCUGGAGGACACUUUGCGUUACGACGCCAAGGAGACUAUUCCACCCGAUCGGAAGGAGCAACCCGAAAAGCCAACAGCAGCAAAGGCAGCCGAAUGGGGCGGGAGACUGGAGUUCCUGAUGGCCUGCAUAGCCACUUCCGUCGGACUCGGGAACGUGUGGCGGUUUCCGUUCACCGCCUACGAGAACGGAGGUGGUGCCUUUCUAAUACCUUACAUCAUAGUCUUGAUUUUGGUCGGGAAGCCGUUCUACCUUCUGGAAGCUCUUCUGGGCCAGUUCACCAGCAAAUCCUGCGUAAAAACGUGGUCGAUGACGCCGGCUAUGAAAGGUUUGGGAUACGCUCAGGCCUUCGCCGCGUUUUGCGUCGUUUCGUACUACUGCUCCCUGAUGGCAUUGACUCUAUACUACUUGGUGGAGAGCUUCCAGAAGCAGCUGCCGUGGUCGGUCUGCCAGCCGGAGUGGGAAGGUAACUGCUUCGACGUAUCGUCGAACAGCAGCUCCAACGACCCCAACGUCACCCUGAGAAGUUCCGCGGAGUUGUACUUCCUGAAGGUGGUGUUGCGGGAAUACGAGUCCAUCGAGAACGGCAUCGGCACGCCGUCCUGGCAGCUGUCGAUAUGCCUGUUCUUCAGCUGGGCCUGCGUCUUCGGAGUCCUGUCCCGCGGCGUCAAGAGCACCGGCAAGGCCGCCUACUUCCUCGCGUUGUUCCCGUACGUCGUGAUGACGGCCUUGCUGAUCAGAGCGGUUACUCUCGACGGCGCCGUGGACGGCAUCCUCUUCUUCAUCACGCCCAAGUGGGACGUCCUUUGGAAGCCCACAGUCUGGUACGCCGCGAUCACUCAGUGCUUCUUCUCGUUGUCCGUGUGCUUCGGGCCGAUCAUCAACUACUCGUCCUACAAUAAUUUCGGCCACAAGGUGGACAGGGAUGUGAUGAUAGUAACCACGUUGGACACGCUUACGAGUCUGAUGGCCGGCUGCACGAUCUUCGGGAUCCUCGGCAAUCUUGCACACGAGAUGAAGGCGACGGACAUCUCGAAGGUGGUGCGCGGCGGCACCGGUCUGGCCUUCAUCUCGUAUCCGGACGCGCUAUCGCGCUUCACCUUCGUGCCUCAGCUGUUCUCCGUGCUGUUCUUCGUCAUGAUGUUCGUCCUCGGCGUCGGCAGCGCCGUCGCUCUCUCUGGCGCGGUCUUCAGCGUCUUCCGCGACCACCUGCCAAACAUGAGGCAGUGGCUGUUAGUACUCUGCGUCAGCUGCUUCGGUUUCUUCGUCAGUCUGCUCUACAUCACCCCGGGCGGUCAAUGGAUCGUGACGUUGGUCGAUUACUACGGCGGCACUUUCGUCGCGAUAAUCGUCGGCGUCUUCGAGAUGGUGAGUAUCUUCUGGGUGUACGGCCUGAGCAACUUCCUCGACGACAUGGAGUUCAUGCUGGGUAAGAGGCUGGGGAUUUACUGGCGACUAUGUUGGCUCCUUAUCACCCCUCUGCUCAUGAUUGUCAUCCUGAUAUAUACGAUCGCCACUUACGAGCCACCCAAGUACAACAACUCGCGAUUCCCAGAUUACGCUUACGGAGUAGGAUGGUUCGUGUUUUCCAUCGGUAUGUUCCCGAUCGUUUGGUGGAUCUGUCAGAAAAUCAUCGAGAACAGAUCGUCGUGUCUUAUAAAAUCUGUCAAGUCGGCCUUCCAGCCCGCGGCGGGUAAAUGGGGCCCCAAGGAUCCAAAGCUACACCGCGAAUGGGAGGACUUCAAGGCGCAGAAGAGUUUCGUGGCCUCGAAAUUCCAGUUUUCACGGGACCACUUGACAAAGAUAUUUUUUAAAUGACUAAGAGAGAGUCUAGCUUAUUAUUUAUAUUUUUCUCUGUUAUAAAUAAAAGUUUCGAAGCGUGUCUGUCAUCUAUUCCAAACGAAUCCCGCGAUUCUGUUUGGCUCAGUAAGCAAGUCGCUCGUUUUGCGCGCCAUAUUUUAGUCGGCAGAUGCACGGUUUCAGCAACAAUUUGGCGGGAGGACGCAUUUUCAAGAGGUUUCCAUACGGAGAAAGAGAGCGAUUUAACGAGGCAAAAAUGUGUAUACAAACGUCGAAGGUACAAUGGCAGCACCGUAACUACCGUCACGCUUGUGUUGUCUGAUUUAUGUCUCCGUACUCGUGCCACGAGGACGUCGUAUUGUGGAGGCUGUCGUUUUAAUUGCGCGCGUGUGUAAUUACAUGGGCGACCACUAACGAGAGCGUAGUGUUAUGUAAGAGUGGACAAUCAAGUUUGCGUUACUUAAACGUAAGUUUUGUCCUGCUUACAAUCGCUGUCUUAUUAUUAUGCGACUUCAGGAACUGGUCGCACGUAACGUGUCAUUAUUGGAGAUUCGCAUGACUACUUUUUGUCCUGCCGAUAGCAUUCCUCGCGAAUGAGCGAGAGCGCUCGCUAAUUGAAAUUGUUAC